AUGGGUGUCCACCACCUUUUGACUGGUUCUUACACCAACACAAGCCUAUAUCUUCUUGCUUUCGACACCGUUGCCAAAACAUUGACACUCAACUCUACAGUCCCCGGUUUUGGUCUACAUCAAUAUGUCACAUCCAAUGCAGCCCGGGAUGUGAUAUAUGCUACAACAAUGAGCGAGCCACCCCGAAUAUUCUCGUGGUCAAGAACAGUGAACAAUAAGAUUACUCAUAUCAAUACCGCCAACGUCACUACAUCUUCGUGCUACAUUUCCGAUAACGGAAACUUCACCUUCUCUGCUGGUGGCUCUAGCGCCAGAGUCAACGCGAUUGAUGAAGAUAGUGGCAUCGGAGAAGUGGUCAGCGAAAUGUUCUAUGUUCCCAAACAAGAAAUUUCUCGGGUUGAUAAAACCCGUAGUGCUGUCCUUUAUGGAGGACAUGGAUUCGAUGUCAAUGCCAAUAGCAAGGGCUUUGUACCGCAUCUUGCCUGGGAUGCGAUCUUCAUGUACGACAUUCUAAGCAACGGAACAGCCAAGCUCCUUUCAAUCAACCUGAGCCCAGAAGCCGGCGACGGCCCACGAAAUGUGUACCCGAGCAGCGAUGGAAAAUGGUUAUAUGUAAUCAACGAGCACUCCCAAUACCUUGAUAUUUAUGAGGUUGGAGAAACUAAUUUGAAGCACACUCAACGUGCAAGCGCCAUACCUGAGGAAGCCAGAGGCAAGUAUACAUACCGCAGCAACGCAGUACGCCUUUCCCGCGACAGCAAGACCAUUUUCACCAGCACGCGCGGAUGGAACAACACCGCAGCCAACGGCUGGGUUGCAGCUUUUGCGCUCGACGAUAAUGGCAAGCUCGCGUCAACUGAUGCCUUGACAUACUACGAGGCCCCACUUACACUCGGUUCUGCUGCGGGGCUUCGCGUAGCCUUUUGGGAGGACGAAACAAAUGCUGAUCCAACCGGCCUUACUGACUACAUGUAUUUGUCCGAUACACAAGAGGGGUACAUGUAUAUUCUCGGAUGGUCGCCUAGUACCCGGAAUCUGACACAGGUAGCUGCUUUGCACUAUCCUGAUAACUCAGCGCCUUAUGAGGCUGUGUGGCUUGAUUAG